AUGUCUUCUUCAUCAUCACUACCACUUCAUCAGUCAGCUGCUGCGGCGGCAGCGGCCCAUCAGAAGAAGGCAACCUCCGGCGCAGCGGCGGAUUGUGUCUCGUCAGUAAGCUUUCCUGGCACAGUCUGGGGCGAUGGCUUCCUCGACAAAAUUGAUAUGUCUUUCCAGGCGAAAGACAGAUACCCAAACCAUGAAAUCCUGAAAGAAGAAGUGAGGAAGAUGUUGACAAAUGAAGUAAAAAGUACUGGAGAUGAAGAGGCAAUAAUUGCCGACAAGCUGCGGCUGGUAGAUGCAGUUCAACGAUUAGGUAUUGGGUAUCAUUUUGAGCCAGAGAUUGAAAAAUCACUUGAAAAAGUAUACGAUAUGGGAGAAGACUUAUUCACCAACAUCGAUGACAAAGGCACGGAUCUCCACCAUGCAGCUCUUCGGUUUCGACUCCUCAGACAACAAGGAUUUCCUGCUUCGCAGGAUGGGUUUAGAAAGUUGAAGAACAGUGAAGGGAGGUUCAAGGAAUGGGUGUCAAGGGAUAUGCAAGGACUGUUGAGCUUGUACGAGGCAGCACACUUGGCAUUCAAUGGAGAAGAUAUAUUGGAUGAAGCCCUAAUCUUUGCGACCAAGAACCUUAAGUCGCCAUCCAUCAUCCAACACAAUACCAACCCUAAUUCAUUCCAAAAGCAAAUCGACUUUGCUCUCCGCUUUCCUGCUUGGAAAUGUGUUCCAAGAUCACUUGCCAGGCACUCCAUAGAUUUUUAUUCCGAGGAUACUUCGCAGAAUCAAAAGCUUCUCAUGUUUGCAAAGAUGGAUUUCAACAUGGUCCAGAACUUGCAUCAGCAGGAGCUCUAUGAAAUCUCUGGGAUGAAUGUUAGGGCUCUUCAAGAACUACCCUAUAGGAUGAAGAAAACUUAUCGUCUCAUCCUUGAUCUGUAUGAUGAAGUCGAGAGUGAAAUUGGAAAAUCGGGACCCACUUUCCCCGUCGAUUAUGCAAAGGGCGAGCUCAAGAAAUUGUGCCGAGCCUACUUACUUGAGAUUCGGUGGCGCGCUGAAAGCAAGGUUCCAACACUGGAAGAGUACAUGAUCACCGCACACAUCAGCUGCGCUAUGUCCAUAACGGCCACCUCGAAUUUCAUUGGCAUGGGACCAGAAAUAGCCAUCAGGGAGGCUUUUGAAUGGGUGACUAACGAAUCCAAGCUGAUGAAAGCUUGCUCUGUGAUUGGUAGGCUUCAAAAUGACAUUUUCUCUCACGAGUGUGAGCAAAACAGAAGUCAUCCUGCUUCGGCCGUCGAAUGCUACAUGAAGCAACAUGGAGCGACGGAGGAAGAAGCAGUUGAAUUCCUUUGGAAGAAGAUUCACAACGCCUGGAAAGACAUCGCCGAAGAGUAUCAGAAACCAACUCCAUUGCCGGUAGCUCUUACAGAUCGUCUCCUCAAUUUGGCGCGUUCCUUCAACUUGUUCUAUGAAAAUGGUGAUGGCUACACCAACUCCCACCUCGUGAAGGAUCACCUCACCUCAAUGCUCAUCGACCCUGUGCCCCUUUGA